AACAACCGGCGCUGUUCUCCAGAUGCGUGCGUCACAUCAACAUCCUUUUACACUAAUAAGGUUAUUGUUUCAACUGCACGAUGUCUUGGGUCAACGCCGCUUCUCGUAGCGAAGAUGUUUUCGACGAGAAUGCGGACGACCUCAAUUUGCAAAGCAAAGAGUGGACUUCAAACAUGAAGAAGCGAGUCACGGACGGGUACGUGGACGGAGUGGAGGCCGGGGAGGAGGCCUCGCUCCAGGCCGGCUUCAACCAGGGCUUCCGGGAGGGAGCCGCGCGGAGCGUCGCUGUGGGCCGGCUCAAAGGAAUCGUGAGCGCCGUGUGGUGCUGGUGCCAGCUCCAACAUCCGGACAGCCCCCUCCCGGCCUCCGUGACCGACCUCCUGCGGCGCGUUUCACAGCACGAAGACGCCAUCAUGGAGGGCAUUCGGAUGGCUCUGGAGAACCCGCCUCCCAGUGUGAGCUCCGUCUCCGAGAGCAUGGAGGAGCUGGAGGUGGAGCGGGCAGAUUCUGGCUGUGGAAGAGAGGGAUGUAAAGAAAUGGACUGCUGCAAGAAGGGAGAAGACGCGGACGUUCCUCGCCAGCAGCCAAAGCUGCGCUCUGGCUCCGCUGACUGCUCGAGCGAAAGCCUGAACUUCCUCCUGAAGCGCUGCGUGGAUCUGGUGUCGGAGCUGCAACUCCCGGAGGAGCUGCUCAGUCACAUACAGGAGCUGAAGGACUUGUAGUGGUUUCAGAACCACGCGGACAAUACUUGAAUGAGCACAUGAACUGUGGAACUUAACGGGUUUUUAGUGGGAACAAUGAAGUGCUUUUGAUGUAUAUAAUGUGAAAUAGAUUUUGGCAAAACCUGUAAGAUGAAUUUUUUAAAAUUAAAAUGCUACAAAAUGAUAUAAUC